AUGUCACCAAAAUAUUUCAUUCCUUCACCUCCUGUUGUUCAACUUGGUUUCAAUAUCGACACUUUUAUUUACAUUAGCUUGCUUACUAUUUUUAGCCCAGUAUUUGUAUGGUUGGAAGUAUACCUUGGUAUAGUGUCAGUCCAAAGUGCAUUAAUUCUCGAUUCACUAUGGGUACUACGCACCCUUAAUUUGUGCUACAAAACCGCAUAUAAGUCAGAUAAGGAGUCAAAGGUUGUCCUGAUCACGGGGGGGUCCAAUGGUCUAGGUUUCCGUAUUGUGCAAACUUUACAAAAUGAUAGGAGUAUCUCGAAAAUUCAAGUCAUUGAUCUACAUCCACAUGCACAGUUUUCCAGUAUGUCUAAAGUUGAGUUCAUAAAAUUUGAUUUCAAUCAAGAAAUUGAAGAACUAGUAAGUAUGUUGGAUUUAAAUUCAAUUGAUGUGCUGAUAUGCAAUGCCGGUAUUAGACAAACGAAUACCAUUUCGAAGCUGCCGGUUAGUAAAAUAAAAUCCAUUAUAAAUGUCAACUGGCUAAAUCAUCUACUAUUAAUACAGCAAUAUGUACGGGUAGAGAACACAAAGAAACACUUGGUUUUCAUCGGUUCCCUCCUUGGUUUCGUGGGACCAACGAAACUCGGAGUAUAUGCCGCUACGAAAAGUGCAAUACUUUCAAUAGGAGAUUCACUACGUGAAGAAUUGCCAAGCUCAACGACAGUGUCUGUUAUUUUACCUGGUCAGAUGAACACGCAAAUGUUUGCAGACGUGCAAGUAAACGAAUUCUUAGCACCAGUUAUCGACGCAUCUUUAUUAUCAGAGCGUAUCUGUUCAAUUAUAAACGAUAAUUUAAAUGGUACAUUCUCAUAUCCAACAUAUGGACGCUUUUUACCCGUAUAUAGAGUCCUUCCUUGGGGGUUACAAAAAUUUUGUAGGUGGUUUAGUGGUAUGGACAAUGUAUAA